AUGGCUGCUCAGGAGCCAUCUCCACCAUCUUCACUGGAAGGCAAUAAACCGGGUUUCCCUAAGAAAAUCCUGGCCAAUAACCUCGAAGACAAGCAUCUGUGCAAUUCUUGUCAGAAAAUACUGAGAAGGCCUUUGCAAGCCCAAUGCGGCCAUCGCUUCUGUUCCUUCUGUUUCAACAAAAUUGUAAGUACUGGACCACAGAAAUGCAGUGCUUGCAUAAAAGAGGACUUGUUUGAGGAACCCACUUCCAUUCUAAAGCAAGGCGGAGCUUUUCCAGACAAUGCAGCCAGAAGAGAAGUCGAGGCCCUUGCAGCUGUGUGUCCCAAUGAAGGCUGCAUAUGGACAGGCACUAUCAAAGAAUAUGAGGCUGGCCAUGAGGGCAACUGUGACUUCAUGAUCAUUAUCUGCCCAUCCUGCAAAGAGCUCAUGAGGGCCAAUGAGCAAGAACGCCACAAUGAACGAGAAUGUCCAGAACGGACUCUCAACUGCAAAUACUGCAAAGAACCCUUCCUUUUAAAAAAUAUCAAAGCUCAUGAUGAAAUUUGUCCAAAGUACCCAAUGAUUUGUGAAGGUUGUGCAAAGAAGAAGAUACCAAGAGAAAAGUAUGUGGACCAUAUUAAGUUCUGCAGUAAAUUCAAAGCGCCGUGCAGAUUUCAUGUUGUCGGCUGCGAUAUGUCUGUGGAAAAGGAGAAGAUCCAUGAUCACGAGCGCGCGUGUUCCUAUGAGCACUUGAACCUGCUCCUACAUUUCAUUAUGGGCAUCAAGGUGAGCCUGGAGAGCCUGCAGCCCCAGAGCUUGGAGGUGGCCAGUCACAAGCUCCAAGAGUUACACCAGUCCCUUCGAGACCUUGAGCAAAAGCUGAGCCAGCUGGGCGUGGGAGCUUCCGUGCAGGGAGCUUGCGCCUCUGCUCUUGCUACCUCCUUCACACCCCUGCCCAGUGCCAUUGGCGCUGCCCUGGAACUGCAGCUCCAGAGCGAGAAAGCCAAAGUGGCGGAGCUCAGCCGGCGGUGCCAGGAGCUGGAGCUGAAAGUGAGCACGUUUGAGAACAUUGUGUGCGUUCUGAACCGGGAGAUGGAGCGGUCCUGUACCACCAUGGAGGCUUACAACCGCCAGCACCGUCUAGACCAAGACAAGAUAGAGAUUCUCAACAACAAGGUGCGUCAGCUGGAGAGGACUGUGGGCUUGAGGGACCUGUCCAUCGUGGAGAUGGAGGGCAAGAUGAGGGAGAUGUCCGCAGCCACGUUUGAUGGCAUUUUUGUCUGGAAGAUCUCUGACUUCACAAAGAAGAGGCAGGAUGCUGUAGCUGGCAGGGCACCCGCUAUGUUUUCGCCCGCCUUUUACACCAGUAAAUACGGCUACAAGAUGUGCUUGCGGAUUUACCUGAAUGGUGAUGGCACAGGGCGUGGCACCCACCUGUCCCUGUUCUUCGUGGUGAUGAGAGGGCACAGCGACGCACUCCUCAAGUGGCCGUUCAAUCAAAAGGUCACCCUAAUGCUGCUGGACCAGAAUAACCGGGAACACAUUAUCGAUGCCUUCAGGCCCGACAUCUCCUCCUCGUCCUUCCAGAGGCCUGUAAGUGACAUGAACAUCGCCAGUGGCUGCCCGCUCUUCUGCCCGCUCUCUAAACUCGACUCCAAAAACUCUUACAUCCGAGAUGACACCAUCUUCAUCAAGGCUAUCGUAGACCUCACCGGGCUGUAG